UAUUAUCGUUACAGGUAUCGGAAUACAGUAAUAUUUAAUUUCAGGUGUUUAUCUGAUAGUACAGUUCAACAGUGACGGAGUUUUGGAGUUACAAAGCAUUACUGCAUUUGGCUAUAAUCUAUUUCAGUCUUUCCGCAUAUGUUGGCAUGUACCGACCGUACAGUAUCUGACAACCAGAGUUAUAUUUGAAUACUGAUAAUGACGAGUGAAGAUUUACAGAGUGACGCUGUUCAAUCCACAGACACAAAUGAAAAUGAGAUUUCAGAAUUUCUAGUAAAUGAUGAAAACGUAACAUUUCAAUCUCUUGGAUUAAAAGAUGUUCUUUGUGAAACUUGUCAAGACUUAAAAUGGAACACACCUUCAAGAAUCCAACAAGAAUCUAUACCAGUUGCCCUUGAUGGUAAAGAUGUGAUCGGCCUUGCAGAAACUGGCUCAGGAAAAACUGGUGCUUUUUGCUUGCCUAUACUGCAGGCUUUACUGGAUACACCUCAAAGACUUUUCGCCUUAGUCUUAACACCAACAAGAGAACUGGCAUUUCAGAUUGAUGAGCAAUUUAAAGCCCUUGGAUCUGCUAUUGGCAUAAAAUCCACUGUCGUUGUUGGAGGAGUGGACAUGAUGGGUCAAGCCAUUAUGCUCGCAAAAAAGCCUCAUGUUAUCAUUGCCACACCAGGUCGCCUAGUUGAUCAUCUUGAAAAAACAAAAGGAUUUACCUUGCGAACAUUAAAAUUUUUGGUAAUGGAUGAAGCAGAUAGGAUAUUGAAUAUGGAUUUUGAAGCAGAAGUUGACAAAAUCCUGAAGGCUAUUCCCCGGGAAAGACAAACAUUUCUAUUUUCCGCCACAAUGACAAAAAAAGUAAAAAAACUACAAAGAGCUGCGCUGAAGAAUCCAGUUAAAUGUGCAGUGAAUACAAAAUAUCACACAGUAGAAAAACUGCAGCAAUAUUAUUUAUUUAUACCUGCAAAGGAAAAGGACUGUUAUCUUGUAACAGUAUUAAAUGAGCAUGCAGGCAAUUCAUUCAUUGUAUUCUGUAGUACAUGUGCAAACACUCAACGAACUGCUCUUCUUUUGCGUAAUUUGGGAUUUACAGCAAUACCAUUACAUGGACAAUUAACACAACCAAAGCGGCUAGGUGCACUCCACAAAUUUAAGAGCAAAUCUCGGUCAAUUCUAAUAGCAACAGACGUCGCAAGCCGUGGUCUGGAUAUUCCUCAUGUGGACGUUGUCAUUAAUUUUGAUAUUCCCACCCAUUCAAAAGACUACAUACACAGAGUUGGCAGAACUGCGAGAGCGGGAAGGGCUGGAAAAGCUGUUACAUUUGUAACACAGUACGAUGUUGAGCUUUACCAAAGAAUAGAACAUUUGAUCGGAAAGAAAUUACCCCUAUAUGAAACGAGAGAAGAUGAGGUCAAAGUAUUGCAAGAAAGAGUAAUGGAGGCCCAGAGGAUGGCUAGAAUGGAAAUGAAAGAAUCUGAACAAAAUAAAAGAUCAAAAAAUGGCCGAAGAAGAGGUGCAGUUGACGAUGAUGACACAGAGGAGACUUAUGCAAAAGGCGAUGGAUUCAUUAAAAAAUUUAACAGCAGGAAAAAUGUCAAAAGAUGGAAAAAAUGAUGCUUCUUUGUAAUAUAAAAUCUGUAUAAUAUGUUUGUGGUUAUCAUGAGGCAGCAGAAAUGUAAUAGCGAGUCAUGUGCAAAAACAGCUAGGACAAAUUAUGUGACAAAAAAUAUUUAAUAAAACAUGGCACUCGAAA